GACGUACGCUGUCUCAUCGCAGAAGAAUCAGUAACGUAACCUGGUUGUUGUUGCAGAAGGGCCGGCGCGAGACAAAACAGGGGAAUCAGUGUUCAGUAACGUAAAUCUCUUCUUUACUUGUCUGCUUCCUUUCAAAGAUUCAAUUGAUUUUUUUUUUCUUCUUAGCUUGAAUCAAUAGUAGGAGUAAGAGAGAGCUCUCAAUUGCGUAGAAAAGGAUUCCAGUCCAAUCGUCGUUCUCUUCUCCAGAACCAGGGCAUUCAAAAAUGGGUAGUGAUGAUGGCUACUCUCAGCGCCUGUCAUCCUUGCUCUCUGCAAAAGACAGGGACUUUCUCAUCCGCAGCAAUGGCGAACAGGUGAAAAUCGGUAGUCUGGCUGGUAAGCCCGUGGGAUUGUACUUCUCUGCCUCUGGGUGCAAACCCAGUCAGGGUUUCACCCAACUCUUGCUGCAAGCCUAUGUAGAUCUCACGAAGACGAAAUCAGAUUUCGAAGUGGUCUUCGUUUCUUCCGACGAAGACGAUGAAUCUUUCGAUCAGUACUUUUCCAAGAUGCCAUGGCUUGCUGUCCCGUUUUCAGAAUCCGACACCCGUGCUGGUCUCAGAGAGAUGUUCAAGGUCAAGGCGACUCCUCAUCUCGUCAUCCUUGACACACAGGGAAAGGUCUCUUGUCACGGCGGAGUGAAGAUCGUCACCAAGUAUGGAGCUCGAGGUUAUCCCUUCACCGAGGAGAAGCUCAGGUUCUUGAGUGAGGAACAAGAGAAUGCUAAGAAGAACCAGACCUUAACCUCUCUGCUGGUUUCUCCCAGUCGCGAUUAUCUCAUAUCCAAUGAUGGAACAGAGACUGAUGUACACGAGCUAGAGGGGAAAAUGGUUCUCCUGUACAUAACAUCCCACGACGUCCCAUCGUGUGCUGAAUUCACUCCCAAACUAGUGGAUUUCUACAAGAAAGUUAAGGAGAAUGGAGAGGGGAAUUUCGAGGUUGUGCUUGUGUCGUUCGAUUCGACGGAGGAGAAGUUUCGAACGUGGUUCGAGACGAUGCCAUGGUUGGCUGUGCCGUUCCAGGACAAGACCUGUGGGAAGCUACUGGACUACUUUCAGGUCAGGAGCGCUCCCACGGUGAUCGUGAUCGGUCGAGAUGGGAAGACGAUGAACCCGAAUGUUGCUGAGCUCAUUGAGGGCUUCGGUAUCGAAGCCUACCCGUUUAGCCCGGAGAAGAUUGCAGAGUUUGCUGAGGUUAAGAAAGCUAGAAAUGCAGAAGUGUCACAGACACUCGAGUCGAUCUUGGUUCAUGGAGACAAGGACUUUCUCAUUGACAACAGCGGUUCAAAGGUUCCAGUUUCUGAGCUAGCUGGGAAGAACAUCAUCUUAUACUUCUCAGCUCACUGGUGCCCGCCCUGCCGCAAAUUCACCCCCAAGCUUGCCUCAGCAUACAAUGAAAUCAAGGCAAAAGACAGCAACUUUGAGGUGGUCUUCAUCUCCAGCGACAAGGACGAAUCCUCGUUCGACGAAUACUUCUCCACAAUGCCAUGGCUAGCUGUCCCAUUCGAUCCCGAGAUCAAAACCAUUCUGCAUAAGAAGUUCAAGAUAUCAGGGAUUCCAUUUGCCAUAGCAAUCGGGCCGAGUGGCCAGACAGUGAGUGUGGAAGUCAGAGAUGCGUUCUCAGUUCAUGGAGUGGAUGCCUAUCCUUUCACUGAGGAACAUUUGAAGCAACUCGAGGACAGAUUGGACGAGAAAGCGAACCGGUACUGGCCGUCGAAAGUGAGGCGUGAGCAACUCCAUGAGCAUGAGCUUGUGAGGAGGAAAGUGGGGCUUUACUUGUGCGGUGGAUGUGAGGAAAUGGGAGGUGCUUGGUCUUAUAGCUGCGAGCCUUGUGAUUUUGAUGCCCAUCACAAAUGUGUUCUUGAGGAAGGUGAAAUUGGGGGAGAUGGGAAGGAAGAUGAGGGGAAGAAAGAAGGGUGGAUUUGUGAAGGAGAUGUGUGCAGGAAAGCUUGAGGAAGAAACCAGCUAUGGAGAAAGGCUGCAGUUUCUGUGUAUUGUGGCUGUGAGUUUGGUUUAGUCUGAGUUCUGAACUGUUUAGUAGUAAUGGAGGUUUUAGUUACAAUAAAGAGAUCAAGGAGACGAGAGAUAAUAGCACGUUUCGUUAUUAAAAUAAAUUGUGAAUUUCGGAUAAUUAAUAUUUUGAAAAUCAUUUGAGGAUUAGAUUAUUUUUUAUGAUUACCUCAAAGUCCACAAUCUAAUCACAAACUAACUCUAUUAUCAGUUACUUAGUUACGUUGUCCGCCUGUGCCCAAAAUUUUCGGGGAAAAAAUUGAAAAUUAUUUGACUGAAUUUAUGACUUUUAAUUAUUUGUAGAUUUGUUAUGCAUACCUGUUCGAAUUUUUAACAAAUCAACAAUGAACGUGUCGUUAAAGUAGCAUGAGUUUAUUUUUCGUUAUUAGUGAAAAAAAAUCUAACGCCAACAUUAAGAAAUGAAUUUUUUUGAGUGAUGAAAGAUUUGACAAAUGAAAUGAGCUAAUUUAGCCAUUGUAUUUAAUGUAACUUAUCUAAUGGGCAAUGGCAUGUAGAUUAUUAGUUAAUUGCACUAAUAAAAAUAUCAAUGUUCG